AUGUACUACCCGGUCCUUCCUGGUGCCGUGGAUGACACCGCCACGCCGGCGCAGAGUCCUAAGACGCUUGGCCUCGACGCAGGUGACAUUGAGGCACCCCGAGAGCAUGCUCCGGUUCGAAAUGUGGUGCUGACCAUCGAACAGAAGGAGAAAUUGCAGCAGUGGCAGCGGAUGGCUGAGCACGGCUUCCAGAUUCAUCGUCGAGCUGAGAGAUAUUAUGAACAUGUAAAUUUCUGGACACUUUCAUUGCCAUCAGUUGUUCUUUCUGCCGUGGCCACGGUGUGGACACUGGCAACGGACAACGCUCAGUUCCCAAAUAGCAAAGUUUACAUUGCCUCCAUAUCAGGACUCGGAACUGUGGUGACAUCCAUCGGCACGUACUGGCGCUGGCAGGCACGGAUGGAGAAGAAUCGAUUCGCAUCUGAGCGGUACAACAGUUUGACCAACAGGCUGACGUUGUUAAAAGCCCGCUUGCAGAUGGGUGAUAUAGAGUUUGCGCACGUUUUGCAGGAAGUUGAGAGCACCAUCCAUGAGAUCCUGAAAACUUGUGGACCGCCAGACCUGUGGGUGCAGCAACGUUUUGAGUGGGAAGAGAAGACCAGUCAGUAUGAGCUUUUGGAUCGCCUCACAAACCUUCGAGAUGUAAGCCCCUGGGUGCGAUGCUGUUUUCCGUGCUGCUGGCAGACGGUCACGAAGCUUUGCAGAAGGAGACUUCGUGGCAACGGCGAAUUGGAGCCGUCGAGCAUCUUGGACCAGAAGAUUCGGGAAUUCAGCAAGAAGACGCAAGACGUCAGUGUGGAUGAGUUCAAAGAUUAUUUCUGGCAGUUAUUUCGUAUGGCAUCCAACACAAACAACCUUGAGAUGUGCAAGAAUCUCCUACGAGCCGUCCCUAAUGCCUUGAAGGAUGAGAAAGAUGUCCACUUUCAAUCCCUGGAGCCAUCUGGAAAAUCGCCUCUGCACUUCUCGGUUGCAGAUCAUUUUCAUCAACUGGGCCAGUGGCUUUUCGAGACGUACCCACGCGAGAUGAAGUUCCACUGCCUAAUGCAAGACCACCACGGGCGCAUACCACUGGACUACAUGGAACCACGAAAAGCGCUGCAGCCCCACCAGGAAGGCUCCGCCUUCUACCCGGUGCUUCUUUUCGAGACCUUUCAGCAAUGGUGUACAGAAAUGGGGCAGUACACAGAUGAUCGCCACAGCUUUGAAGACAAGGAGCGGAUGAAGCGAAUCGGAGGCGAUUUGCUAAAGCGUAUCUUGGAAUGGGGGGUGAGGCAUGUGGACGUGGCCUGCAACAAGCGUCACACCGUCCUCCACCUGCUAGCCGUGCAUGGCGUGGAGGAGCAAGAGGUGUUGGGUCUCCACCGCGUGUCUCCGAACGCGAACGCGCCAGAGGCAGUGAACGAAACAGGCACUUUGCUGGCAAUUCUCCUGCGACAAAAGGACUUCGACACUGACAUCAGGGAUGCUUCGUCUGAGAGCAAGGCGCCCAUGGAGCUGGCCACCGAGCAGCGGCAUGCUAAGGCCACAAAGCUCUUUUUUGAAUCCGUUUUGUCCGAGAUGCACGAGAUCAAAGACGACCAUCAAAAGCAGGAUCGUUUCAAGAGCUUGAAAGCUGUUCUGGAAGACUCCCUUCUGCAGCUUCACGCUCGCCACGAUGGCCAUCCGGAACAAUGCCGAACAGAGAUGGAGCGGAAUAAAGACAGCAAGCAAAGCUGCUGCUCAUGUGCACCGACUGAACGGCUGCUGAGUCGUCUCAAACAGGAGGAUUCUCUGCGAAACUUCGUCGAGAUGAAGUUGCAGGUCCACGGGUACGAAGCCACGCUUCUGCACUACGCAUGCGGGGCCGAUCCCUUGAUAGAUGCAGCAAGGCUACAGUAUGACUCCGGACCCAGUUUGGCUCGGCGACUGCUGGAGCAGCGAGCGGCGAACUCGCCAGACUCGGGAAAAAAGACGCCACUGAACUGGGCUGUGACAAGGCAUCUUCCAAGCAUUGCCUGGGACAUCUGUGAGUUCGGGAUCGAAAAUGAUGUUGCCGAUGUCCUCGAGGACAUCGAACAUCACCUUGCCAGCCUCCCCGAGGAAUAUGCCCUGUUCCGAGUUAGCAUGGACUCUUCAAAGGUGGUGCCAGCUGGUUUUGGAUCCCUGGUGCUGUGGAUUGACUUUGAGACCGGUGCGCGGACCUACUUGGAUGGCUGCGUUUCACCAUCCCCAGAUCCCAGCAAGACUGUCCUGGAGUUCCGACCUUCGAAUAUGGUGGCCCCUUUCCGCUUCCAGCUGGAUUCGGACGGCGUGCAGCUGGACAAAAUGCCUGGACGUCUGAGCUUCACGCUGGAAGGAUUGCUGCUGGGCCAAAAGGACCAUGAAACGGGCUUUGGUUUCGACGAGCAGUGGGUGACGCUUUUUCCAAAUCUGCCUCUGAAGGAGUGGUGCCAGACCACACGAACAAAGCAGCGCCUCGAGUUUAUGAACUACCGUUCGAAGCGCGAUGGCUUUACACUGUGGCACCUCGCGUGCCAGUUCAGAAAUCUGCGAUUGUGCAAGAUCCUGAAAGCGCACAGCGCGAUGUACGGCUUCUGUGCGGAUGGCAAGAAGACACCACUGGAUUGUGCCGCAUUCACAGAUUGCGAAGUCCCAGAGGAUGCCGAUAGCGAUUCGGAAGACAGCUUGCCGACUGGAUUGAAAACUGCAGGAGUCACGGAUUCGAAGAACAAAGAUCUCGCCAAGCUUCUGCUGUUUCACGAUUAUGCUUGCAAGGCAUCAAGGAACCGGCUGUCGCCUAAGAGAAUCGCUCCCAAAUACUACAUGCACUUUGGCAUUGAGCCUGCAGUGUUGGUUUCCAUGCGCGACAUGGACGGGAAAGUCUUGCUUCACUAUGCGGCAUACUUCGGCCUGUUCAAGGAUGUCGAAUGGCUCCUGGAGAAGGGGGCGCAGGUUGACGUUUACGACCAAAUGUCCAUUCAAGACUUCCGCUUCACGAUCAUGGACCCUCCCAAGCAAGAACUCUGGUCGCAGCUGCAGAAGGACUACAGCCUGACACAGAUACCAUUCCCAGAGUUUUGCUGUCAGAAAGCCGAGAGGGAGCCAUUCAAUGCAGUUAUGGCAUCGCCCACGGAAGAUGUGUACUGGCUUCGCCAGGAGGACAUCCCAGAGUUCGCCACCUUGCGUGUCUGCUUCCAGCGACCGGAGCGCUUCGAUGGUUUUCGCUGGCCAUCGAAAGGGGAGGACUUCCGCCACGACGAGUCAGCAGAGUCAGGAGGUGUUGGAGAUGUAAAACUCCGGAAAUGGGUGAUGGAAGCCAGGGCCUGCGAGAUGUUGAAUUACAAAGUGGAGUGGCUCACUGUGAAUUUUGGCAACCGAGACGUUUCAGCUGAUCUUGAUGACUUCCAGAGCGGCAAGUACAUUUCCAUGCAUGUGCACAGGACGCCCCUGGAUCAUGCACUACUGGGAGCGAUGGACAAUGCCGAGGCCAUGUACAAUGUGCGAGAAACUGCAGACGAGAAUGCCAACAGCAUUUCUGAUGUCCGUUUGCCGCCGCAUGCCCGCAUCUGCAAGAUGCUGAUCGAGCAGGCUCUCUUGUGUGAGAAGCAGGAGGGAAGGGCACUAUUGGCAGAAACAUUCGCCAGCUUCUGUCGGCCGUGCCACGUGGCAAGGGGGUUAUCGAAGUAUAUUGUGGACAUUCUCAUCCAGGAGCCAGGGGCAACUUCUGACAAGACAACUUUGCUGCACGUGGCAGCGAAGCACGGCUUGCGAGAUGCUUGCAAUCAGCUUCUGAAAUACCGGUGCACGUUCAAGGAAGUUUGCAUGCAAACUCCACUGGAUGUUGCAAGUGACGAAGGCACCUAUCAUCUGCUGAUUCUACCUGCAUUUGUCUCCAUAUGCCAGAAGAUCCACACGCGAGCUCUGCCAAAUGAGGACGAAGAGACCAUUGCGGCCAGAGUGGAGCAAGUAGACCAGGAGGCGACAGCAUGGUUGACCAACAUGGAAUCAAGAGCCCUUUCGCUGCAGAAGAUCGUUCGAAUCUCAAACCCCCACCACAGCAAGUACACGAUGGUUGAUUACGCUGCCAUGUAUGGAAUGAAGCGCGUGUUGGCUCAUGUUAUUGAUGGACUGUCAGACAUUGAAGACGAGACCAAAAUCACAUGCCCCGCUGAGAUCAUUGGAAUCGAACUGCCGAGAUAUGGUGAAAGGAAUCAGGUGAUCUACGACCUGCGGAGCUUGUUUACAGCGGCGGAUGAUCGUUGGACUUCCCUGAAUCUGAAGCAGAAGUUGAAGGAUAUGAAGGAAAGCUUCAAAGAUAAAAACAAGGAGGAGCUGGUGGAAGUCUUGAAGAGGGAGCUCCACGAGCACAUCCACUAUGUAGCCUCUCUGGACACGGAGGAGGCCAUCGAGUUCUUCGAUGCUGUUCUGGAGUCUAGACCAGAGUGGCGCAAGAAGAAGGACGCAACUACAGGUGAUACAGCCCUGCACAUGGCAGCCCGCUCCGACAACAUAGCAGUCGUCAAACUGCUGUGUGAGAAGUACAAGGUAAACAAGGAAGACAAGAACAUGAACCAGGAACGGCCCAUACAUAGCGCAGCCCGGAACCACGGAUACAAGACGAUGAAGUACCUUCUUGAAGGAGGUGUGCAGCCACUGCCACCGAAUUUCAAGAAGGAACACCCGAUGCACCUGUUGGCCAAGACUCUUUCGCUCAGGUCUCCGGGGCAGAGGGCGCCGGAUCCAGAGCAAUUCCACGAAGUGGUUGGCAUCCUCAUGGCCAAGGUGGCCGAGUCAAACAGUUGGAUGAACCUAACCAAACGGGAUGCAGAUGGCAAGUCCAGCUUGGAGUACUUGGUCAGCUCCUGUGACCACAGCUAUGCUUGUCCGGUUGUUGAGAAGCUGGUCCAUGCACUUCCAGCAGCUGUGCACGAGAGCAACUGCUUCUUUGCUGCGCUCGACAACCCAACGGGGCCUGCCCGACUCUUCAAGGCCCUGCUGAGAAAUGUCACGGAUAGAAAGAUCCUGACGAAGUUGCUGGAUCAAGACCAGGAGCGGAGCGGUCUCAACGUUGUGCAGAUCUGCGCCAAGCUGGGGGAUGUUGACUCGCUGAGGGAGAUUCUCAAUGCCCUUGCAGCUCCGGACCUGCUGCGUCAAGCGCUGAUCCCGCAAGAAAUCGCCGAAACGAAGCUGAUGUCCAGCAGCGAUCAGACUCCACCGCUUAUCCUGGCUCUUCGCCAUGGAAGAGAAGAUGUUGCAAAACGCCUUGCCUCUAGAAUGCUUGGAUUGGAUGAGAACGACCGCGCCCGCGUCAAGUGGGAAGAGGAAUGCCGCAAGAGUGAGCUCAAACAUGAGCUGGCCAGUAUCUUCAAUCAGGCUGGACACACCUUCUUUCAGUUGAUCCGGUCUGGAGAGGUGGGAGCUGUGCGUAACUUGCUUGUCGCUCAGCCCGCCUUGGUGGAAAGUGCUGACGCAGCUGGCAAUACCGCCCUACAUGUUGCAGUGCAAAAGUCCUUCAAGCACCAGAAGGAGAUGGUGCAGCUUCUUCUGAGUCAUGGCGCGGCGCUGAGCGAUAAUGGACCGAAUCAAGAGACGCCGUUGCACCUCCUGUGCCGGAGAUGUGCGGCACAGGUGUACCAAAGUGGCUACGACUGGCCGCCUGAAAGGAAAUGGGAGGAAUGCAAAGGGUGGUCACCUGGCAAGGACAAAGUCGAUGAUGCAGAAGACGGUGCCAAAGAUGAGCUCUUCACAUUGACCAAAGUCACCGAGCUCAUCUUACGGGAGUUUGUUUCCCGCUGCCGUGAAGACAAUGCUGGGGCUGUGAUCGAGAUGCUCUCGGUCCAAUCUGCAGAAGGAAGCAAGACACCAUUUGACCUCGUUUCUAGCUGUCUGGAUGCAGCCGCAUUUCUCCCUGGCCAUCCCCUGCGAAAGUAUUUGAAGCAAGCGUGGUUGAAGCCCUUGCUCCCGUUGGCAGAACCCGUGUCACUGCCUGGCACGCGGAAGUUAUCGCUUCUGGGUUUGGCGAUUCUUCUCCGCGCCAAUGAGGCCACCAUCAGGUUGCAGCACGAUGACCCAUUGGAGGGUGUAGGGGAUGAAACACCGCUGGCAUACGCACUGAUGCUGCAGCAGUUUGACUUGGUCCGCAAGAUGUUAACCAGGAUCGAAGAGGAGAAGCUCUACGAUCGGCUUGAAGAUGUCAUGAUGCAGCCACAUACUGAAGGACUUCUCUUUACACCGCAGGCUGGCAGCGAGCAGAUCCCAGCACGAGUCUUCGAGGUCUUGCCGGCGCACAAUGUAGUUCGGCUACUCAUGCAGAGUCCCGGAAUUCUGACCAGGUGCUUGCAAAGUGGAAACGACGCCCUUCUGGAAAACCUGCUCAGCAAGAUCUGUGAUGAGGCCAGGAGCAAGCCGCAGUGGCCAGAGUGGCGCUUCGGCAGCGAGGAGUGGGGUGUCCUGCACCUCUUGGCGGCGACAGGGAUGCCGGACAUGAUUCAUGAGCUCCUCCGUGAGCUUUCACCAGAUUCGCAGGAAUCGUAUGUCAACAUCAAGGACAAGAGCAAGAACACACCGCUGCAUCAUGUCCUUUAUUUUGUGGGCUGUAUUGUUGUCAGCGGGAGCAGCGAGCCUGCGUUCCAUGGUUGUUACUUCCCCUUCAAGAACACGGAUGGCCGCUUGAGUUAUUGCAUGCAUGGUAUGGAUGGCGCCUACGACCACUUUAUUCGCCUGUCCAAUGAUGACGAAGAGCUACAGUGGCGCUUUGAAGACAACUCUGACAACUGGUUUUGGCCCUUCAUCACCAAAGGCAAGCAAAGUCCUGAUGAGGUGCCAACAGACAAGUGCUGGAAAGCAUGCGAGUCAACUGGGGACUUACCCACUCUGAUAUACAGAGACGUCGAAGACAGAAUGCAUGGCAACGUCGUGCGAGCCUUGCUGCAGUUCAAAGCAGACAUUUUGCGGCAGAACGUCGAGAAAAGGACUCCACUGCAUGCCUGCCUUCACCGACAAGUGUCAAGGGCUUCCCGGGACAAGUUGCCAAGGCUGGCACUGAAUCUGCUUGGCAUCCAUGACGGCAUGAUGCCAUCCUUGCCAAGGCUUCAGACACUUCUGGCAGAGCUGAGAGCGGCGGAUGGUCUCAACGUCCUGGAAAUGUCUGUCGCGAACGUUUGGUGCGAUAAUGUUUGGAAAGAAUGGCUUCCGACAUUUUUGGCCAUGCCCGGGCUGCUGGUCUCGCAUGAAGCCUUCAGCGGGCCACUCUCCUCCGUGCAGGACGAUUUCCAACUCCCUCGGGUUCGCCGGCCUCAGUCUGUGCCUCGGCUCGUGGCACGGCUGGCAGACGACGAGAGCCUGCCGCGCGAUAUUCAAAUCAGCUCUGCAGAGCUAGGGCUUGGUAGCUGCCUCAUGUCCUGUCUGAGAAACCAACGAAAGACACUUCUGCGCUGCAUGAAGAAGCCAGUGGAGAGCAGCUCCAUCUUCCUCGUCCCUGAACCCUACGCUGAGUCGCAGCCUCUGCUGUCGCUAAAGGCGCCCAAUGACAUGGGCCGUCUUGAAGUUGACCAAAUUGAAGCGACCGCUAAUAAUGAUGCCAUCGAAAAGACGAAGGGCAACAAGGGCAGCCUCAACGUUUGCAUCGGGCUGUACGCAGUUGGCGAGCCGACGUUGAAGCUGAACGGUGUACUGGGUCACUAUUGCAAGCCACCGUACAGGAAGCAGCUCAUCACCCCGCACUACUGGGAUUUCGGAAGCUGGGAGUCUUCGUCGGUUCGAAGCGUGGGCUUCCCGAGUGGCUGCCGGGACUGCGGCAAGUUUUACUGCGAAGUCCUGCUGAAUGAAGAUCCUGAUCGAAGUCUGAGUGUCGGAGUUGCUUUGGGCAACUAUGCGCCUCGACCUGGUGAUGGCACAGUCGACCGAAACGAGGGUGUAUGGCUUGUGCAUGGAGGCGACAGCUGGUUUGCAAACGCUCAAGAGAAGCCGGAUGCAUGGAAGACAAAUUGGCGAGCAGGGCAAGCCCUGUGCAUUGCCGUCGACAUUGAUGCAAAGAUCAUGCACAUUGCCAUUGACGGCACCCAGGAAAGUCGGGCCUACAAGUUUGAACCAAAAGGCCAGGCAGUCUACCCCAUCGUUGUUGCAGAGACUUCGUUCAGGUUCGCGAUUCGGAAGCGAGACCUUAGCUUCGCUGAGAUGUUUCCAGACUACGAGCCGUGGCUACCUGCAGAACAAGUCCUGAACCCGGACCAGAAGCGGAUUGUGCGUUUCAGCAACGUGCCAGUGGACAUGGAGAGCAGCUCUGAUUUGGAGUUGGAGCUCAGCACCAGUGUUGACUCGGCCACGCUCCAUGCUAGCACGAUGCUUGCCACGGCGUUUCGUAUGGGCUGCUCGUGGGACAUCAUCGACAUUCUGCAGCACCAAGGUUGCCGUCCUACUCUCUCCUCCUUGCUGGCAGCCUUCCGCUAUGCCAACGCUGGAACCAAGGGCCUGCUGUUGCACAGCGACCUAUCCCGGCAUCCACGCUUCACAAAUCUGCUUCGACAGACUGGUCAGGAGGAUUUGCAACCCUGGGUUGUUGGCUCCUUCCUGAGAUACUUGCAGAACAAUGAGCUGACCAGCGAAGACAUCGCGAUUGUUUGCCAGAGAUUCGCUGACUGCGGAGCUCCGAUCCAAGCGAUGCAUGCGGAUUAUAUUCAUGCGAGAGACGUGAAUGUGCGUGCAAAGGGCAUGGUUCACCGGCUGGACGGAUGCUACGUGCGACAAGAUAGCUCCGUCGGCUCAGGUGAAAGGCAAAUAUUCCGGAACUUGUGCCACACGGACCAAUGGAUGGUUUAUGAUCCGUUCGAAAACCUAUGGAAAGUGGGUCUGACUCAGAAGUCCGUAGACAGCAGCUGGCCUGGUGAGUGGCACGCAGAAACACCAAAUCUGGAAGAUGGCAAGUUGAGAGUGGUUGUUGAUGGUAAAGAUGUGGAAGAUCAGAAAGAUGUGGAUGCAAGUCUUGACAGAGACCUCAGUCAGUCGAAGUCACAGAGGUUCGCGAAAACAUCCCGGAAGAUCGAUGAUUCUGCGUUCAGGCAUUUCAAGGGCAAAUAUUUGGUCGACUGCUUCUCCGAGCUGGCCGACCUGCUGAAUAUCUCGGAGCCUCACAGGAACGUGUUCCGGCAAGAGCUGCAGAAGCAAGGAGGUCGUCCACAAGAUGGUGAUGCCGGUGCGCUUACGCUGCACAGUGCCAUCGAGACAGCUGUAAAGGAGAUUGAAUUUGGGGAGGAAACAAGUCAGCAGCUACGGCAUCUGCGGGACGUCACCGGUGUGUCCAGUGACCUUGCGGAGCUGUCUUUAAGGGUAGCGCCUAUGUGA